AUGGGAUUUUUGAGUGGUGUUCUCAGUAACAUCCAAGGCCAUUUAGGGCAGCAUAAAAAUACUUUAGAUGAUGCAAUUACGUCACUUAACACCAAUAAACACCUUGGUAAAAAAGGUUUUAAUAUUGCGAUUGGAAGUGUGGUCGCAGGGGUGCGGGGGUAUAAUAAGGCAGUGGAGCAGUCGAACAGAAAGGUGAGUGAACCGAUAAAAACGCUGCAAGAAUGUAUCGCACAACAGGAAAAUAAGGUUAAUAGAUUAACAGGAGAUGAUGAAAAAGCGGUACAGAUAGCUGAUCAGCUGGCUGAUCUGACUAUCAAGGCGGCCUCGCACUUUUUGAAUGAUUUGAUAGAUGCGGAACGAAAUUCAAGCGCUGUAAGUGAUUUGAAUUACAAGUGUCAGAGUACAGUUAACAAUGCGCGUAAUGCGGUUAAACGUGAAUAUGAGAGACUUCAAAUGACGUUCGACAACCAGAGUCGCGAUUUAGGUUACCGUAUAAAUCAAGUGAAAAAGGAUAUAAAUAUUUUGGAACAGCGAGUGAACAAGUUGGCAAGGAAUGGAAUAACUAAACUAGUUGAAGAAAUCGAUAAUCAAUUAACGACAUUUAUGAAUAUCAUUAAUAAAGGGCCUAAAAAAGAGUUAGGUGAGUGGUUGACGAAUAGUAGGAAGCCGUUCAAUCUUGCUGCAGCAACAAUGUACGAAGGCAUAGAAAGUUUUAAAGAACAGUAUCCUAAAAUCAAAACAGAAUUAGACGCCAUUACGGAAAUUCUUGAUGGUAGCGGAAAGUCGUCCCCCUCAAAUGUGAAGCUUGAAACUUUGGUCGGUAAAAUAACUUCGGCAGUUGCUGCAGUUGGUGACACUUUGCGAGGUCAUGUUCAGAAUUUGGAGAAGUGGAAGAUUCAAGCAGAAAAGACCGUAAAAAAUGCGAUUAGGGGGGUUGAUAAAAUUGUGAAUAUUUUGGAUGGUAAAGAAGCAGGCGACGAUAUUAAAACGCAGAAAAGAACCGAUGUUGAAAAUGCGGCAAUCGCAUUAAAAGAACAGGCUCAGAUACUUAUGACAGCUGUGGAAGAGGCAGGAGAUGUAUUGGGUACUAGGGUUGGCUUGGCUGAGGAUGCAGUUAGACAGUUGGACGAGGGGCUUAGAACCUCUUUGCACAAAAUUAAAGGGCGUAUUAAUGAAGGUCUUUCGCAAUAUGUGCAAGGCUUGGCGAACGCUUUGAAUAAGGGUAUGGAAACUGCUGGAAGUUAUAAUCAGGGUUUUAUCGAUUUCAAGGUAGCUCUGCACAGUGUUGCUACAAAUCUAUAUGAAGCCCUUGACAAAGCCGGUCAGGAAGAUAAAAGCUUCGGUGAUGGCAUGGAUAGAGAGCUUCGAUCGCUGAAAGUUAACUACAAGCUCCUGGCAGCCAAAUCGCAAUUCAAGGGCGUCAAGCAAGCUUUCACACAGGACCUUCAUGAUAGAGUUGAAGCUCUGUUACCUAGAGAUGACGGUACAGGUGUUACAUCAGACAAAGUUGACUUAAAAAACCUUGUGAGUUACGACAGCAGAGCCACAGGCUCGAAGACAGCGCUUGUAAAUGCCAUAAAAGCGAUAGGAACAGAUGUCAAUAAAAAGCUUGACAAUAUUAAGCAUCCUGCAGACAGUGGCACAGACAUAACCAAGGAAAACAUAUCAACUGCACAUGUCACAUUUGACAGAUCGUUCCGCUCAUUUGUCAAUCAUAUUGACAGAUUGGUUAAUGAUGGAGAUUGGGAAGGUGACCGAAGUGUGAAGGAUAACUUGACAAAGCUUCAAAAAAUGCUUAACGAUGAUUCAAUGAACACAUUAUAUGGCAUCGACAAAGGUCUGGAACCCAUCACUCGAGAAAUUGGCAGCGUCCAAUCAACUGAUAUAGGCCACACCGGCGGCAGAAUACACGAUGCCAUAAUUCCCGUUAGUCAACAAGUUAAAGCAUUAGUACAAGCGUCCACUAAUACCAAAACCCCGGACUCCGAGCUUGUUAAACUUGUCCGCAGCAUACCAGAAGAUAUGCAAAAAGUGAGUGACAGCAUUGAUGAUGUGAUACGAGUUGUUGAAGAUGCUGACAUUCAAUUGCACCAGUGGGUUAUCUCCGUGCAAAAAUAUAUUGCUACCCUCGAGCCGACACGUGAGCAAUAUAUUCGACAGUUCACCACGCAACUUACGGAAGAUGUGUCAUUGACUAAAUCCGCCAUUAUCGCCGACAUUCGUAAACGUUAUGUGCGAUCGGUAAAAAGGCAACUUGCAUACUUUAACAUGUCCUCACAUGAAAUAUUAAAACCCCUCCCAGACAUGGUAGAGGAAGAUAAGCAUAUCGGCUUCAAAGGGUUCAUGGAAAGACUCUACAACAGCUUUAACGAAAACAUCGUUCCUAAGAAGGAGACAAAAAGUGUCCGUGAUCUGUCCUUCGCCUUCCACAAUUUCUGCUCACCACUCCACGACUACCUCAAAGCAGAGAUCGGCAGAGAGAACGACGACAACCAUGCCAAGAAACACCCUUCGUCUCAGAGGUCCACAAACAACUACGCCGACGCUGUUGACUGCGUGAAAAAUGAACUUGAGAAAUUAGUUAACCAAAUCAGAGCCGGCAACAGGUAUGAUCAUCACGUACCCCGCCUCCUCGACGGACUGACCGAUGCGAUCGACGGCCUACACCCUGAGUCAUUUUCUGAGCCGAACACUCCGCUGCUAGAAACCAUUGCCCACGGCUUCAGGGGUCUGGUAGGUGAGCUCCGAUUCGCGUAUAUACCGUCAUAUGAUUGUGCUGCGUAUGAUUUCAAGUGGAAUGCUGACGGUCGGAAGUGCGCGAAGGUAUGCCUCACUAUAAUCCCGGUGCUGUUUAAUGAACUUUAUCCGUUGUUCUAUCAUUGCUGCAACGGAUGGAAGACUUACAGAAUUGAGGGUAGAGAUAAUAAAAAUGAAUUGAGAGAUUAUUUACAGAAGCAGGGCUACGCGAUUGACAAUCUCAAAAAAGACCAUGCCGGCAGAGAAGUGGCUGUGUGUUGCAAUGUCGGUUUUAAGGAACGCAACGAAUUUGAUAAAGAUGCGCAUGACUUCGAAUCUUUGGACAAGUACAUUACACAUUAUGAAGGUAAAGGCGUUGUGUCUAAACUAUUCACCCACCUAAACGACUAUUACAAAGUCUGUCACUUAUCAACUUCUUCUGCCACCAGGAAUCCCUCUUCUGUGUAUGAUAUGCUCCAGUGGCUCUGCGGUCUCUCUUACAAUGUCGUAUACCACGAUUUAUCAUUUGACGGCUUUAGCGCUCUAUUUGACAAGCCUGAGGAGUCAGAAGACGAGGAGGGUGGCGUCUCAUUUGGGGAUGAAGAUGAGGACACUUUGUCAGCCUAUCCGCGAAACAUUACAGCAUCCGACAUGAGAGACACGCUAACAGAAGUUUGCCAUUAUUCGCACGAUGUUCUCGUAGGUCUUAUUGGCCAUGGACACGCGGACGGAAUAUACGCGGUGGACUUCAACACUAAUUCGCAAGGGUUCUCGUACCCCUCUCGCUACGGCCAAUGCAUCGAUAUGCUAGCAGACAUCUUGCAUCGUCUUUACCAACAGCUCUACUUCGUAUACUGCCAAUGCUGCAACGACGAAAUCUGUUCCGGGUGGCGGGGUUGUUUGUAUGGCAAUGCAAUCGGUGGGUCAGAUUGGAAGUGCAAUUCAAAGCAAUGCGCUGACCAAAAGUGUAACCAAAAGGUCAACCAAACGUGUGAGUUACACCCUAAGUGCGGUGUAAAAUCCCCGUUACAGUCAUACUUAGAGGAUGGUUUGCCUGGCUUCUUACCGCAUUCAUUUAAGAAACCAGGUUGUAAACUGGAAUGCACGGUGUCCAACCAUCGCGGCAUACCGUGUAAGACACCGAUGGGAUUUAAUGAAAUCAGCGUUAUGGCAUCGCAUACUAAAAACGGUGAACAUCUUAGGAAGGUGCUUGAUGCAUUUUGUGGAAAGCAGGAUAGUCCACUUACGAAACUUUGUGGUUACUUCAUGUGUCUUAUGCAGAAACCGCCGCAAUCGCUAGGUGAUGUAUACGCGUAUUAUUAUAGUUAUCUCGCGUAUUACACUGGCGGCUUUUAUGAAGUCACAAAGUCGCAUACGCAUACUCAAGCGGCAUUCAAAGAAGCCAUCAACGAAGCAUAUUUCGGCAAUCAGUAUGAAGCUCUUGAUCCCAGCACAUUGUGCAGUAGUAAAGUACACAAAAGCAGUCAUGCCAACGGUGAUCUGAUCAGCAUCACUGACUGUAAAACCGGCUCGAAUAAGCCGUGUGGUCUUUACGUUCAGCCACUGGCAUUAAACACCUACAGCUAUUAUUCCAACAAGCAUAAGACCAAUCACCUGUCUUGGAUCGUUUACAUCACGGAGACUUUUUACGACCUGUUGAAGAAACUGUAUGACGACUGCUGUGGAACCUGCAAGAAGCCUGGUAGCAGGUGCUAUGAAAAAUGCUGUACUGAAGGAUGCGAAGUAAAAAAGGCAUAUGAAGCAAUAGAGUCAAAGAGUGAUAACACUGAUGCAAAGAAACUCGACGGCAAGAAUCACGACAAAAAUUGCAAGUCAAUAGUACAGUGCCGCAACACACAUCCUAAUCUGUAUAAAUACGGUUUCACAUUCGGCAAUCCAUUGGGUCUCAGUGGCAUCGCAAAUAAUAUAGCUACGCAGAGGACGUGCAAAGAUUUCUGUGAAGCGUUGAAAUUGAUGCUUGGUGAGAAAUCUCUGCUUAUUGAAUUACGCAAGCAAAUCGAUCAAUUCUUGUGGGAUAUUAGAACAAAUUUCUCAAUCACCGUAUUAGCCCUCUGGCUCCUCUCUCUGCUCUACCUCCUCCACAUCAUGGUUAUCCGCCUCGACCUGCUUCACAUCAAAUCGCAUUUGCAUAGUCCCUCAUCACAUCGUAUUGCUGCUCAAUCGCUACUUGCGGCUGCGCGUGUUAACAAGCUUAACAGGGUGUUUUACCUGCAACCAUAA